UUUGUGGAACGAGUAGGAUUGGAACAUGGGACCUUUCGAUCCACAUGGCGUCUUAGCUAUUAAACCAACACCGCUUCAAAAGUAGAGAAACAUUUUGAUACAAAAAAAUAGCAUUUAUUUACCAAUAAAAUGAAAUCAACAUUUGAAUAGAAGCAAUGGAAGCUAAUACUCGUGUAAUAAAACUACGCAUUCGAUACAAUAGUUCAAUCGUAAUAAUAAACAUCGAUUACGCACUCGAUUUGCCACUCGAAUCGAUUGCUCGGUUCAGAAUGGGAAUUUAUGUCAAUUGGUAUGCGUCAUAAAUUUCUAGAUGAUCGAUUUGACUUCAUCAGAACGGAGUGGAGAUGAGGAAUAAGUCUCUCUCUCUCUCUCUGAGCAUUUUCCCGGUUUCUUCCACAGCCUUUCUUUUUUUUCUCCUCCACUUCGCAUACAUUCUUAGAUGUCAUUGGCACGCAUAUAAUAUUUGACAACCAGUCGCGGAUUUAUCUGUAUGCUGAAUAGGCUCGAGCCUAUUCAGCAUACAGAUAAAUAGGGCAGCAAAUUUCAAAUGUUAUUAGCUUUCACCGCAUAUCCUGUCCAAUUGAGGAAUUUGAUGUUUUUUAUAGGUACCUAUUUGCGAAGGUAUUAUAAAUUGCUUACUGGCGGCAAUUGUAUUAAUCCGCCAUUGUUGACGACAACGAGCCAGCACUGGUUUGCCCCUUCUGCCAGGGCCAGGCGAAAGCGGCUUGGCCAUACAUUUCCCUACAUCCAGCUCUGAUUUCACGACCUGCUUGACAUCAACCAUCUUUGGAACUGAUGUUGCUUAGGUACCUUUUGUCAAAGCUAAGUUCAUACAACGUCCACCUAAGAUAUAUGUAGUGGUUUUAUUAAGGGACAGAACCACAAGACGCGCGUUUUGGAAAUCAUCAAGUGAUUUUUAACAGUAAAACGAUUUUAAUGUCCUUUAUAUAAGUAAGCUUACAUAAUUACCCGUACAUUAAGGUAAUAACUAGAAAUUAGUUUAAUUGUGUUUUACUACGCAAUUAUUGACAAAUAAGUACAUGUUAUUUAAACAAGUAGUUAUUACGUUAAAUAACAUGUUUUGUUUUAAGAAUGAUAGACAAAUAUAGCUCUUUAUUUGGACUAGCAGCUUCGCCCCAUGGAAUUUUGUGAUACUGCAAGAAAUACGUGAAUUCAAAUAAUAGUCAAUACGUGAAUUCAAUAAUAGAAUAAAAUAUGUGAAUUCAAAUAAGGGUUUUUAUUUUAUUUAUUUUCUUAAGGCCGUAAUCCAUGUCCACGUCUUGACCGUUACACCACCACCGCUUCAAAGAUAGAUAUGACAAUUAUUCAUAUAGAAAAACACACAAAAUACAGUUUUUAUCAAAGUUAAAAUCAUUAAUAAAAGGGCACAGAGUACUUAACCACAAUACCUAAUCGUGUGCCGCAGUGAUAGCUCAGUGCAUAUUUUACUGAAAAAGCAGGGCACUUGCAUACUGAUACCACCUAAUACAGGAUUGCGUGAACAACGAAUAUGUACUGGCUUCUGUGGCAGUUGAAUUAGAGACACAUAUCCUUAGCACCAAGCUACAAUGGCAUUCCCAUGAACACGCAAGGAUAUUAAAGAGCUUAACACAUUUUAAAGUUAUUCCUACAAAUAUUGACCGGUGCUCUAAACGGAACAGUUUAGUGCUAUUCGGUCGGUGCACUGAAUGGCAUACCACGAUUUUGGUUGACAUACGUUCAAACGAUCACUUUUAUAUAUGUUACUGAAUACGGUUUUUAAUUAUCAGACUUUUUUAAAUUGUAUACAAUUAACUCAAGUAUACGUAAGGACAACCCUUCAUUUGUUAAUUAAUUUUAAUCGGUCAUUAAUUAGAAUCUUGUUCACGAAAUAAUUGCUUUUAUCAUCCUCUUUUAAACUCAUAUUGAGUCUUCUUCACGUUAAUACCAUUUGAAAAAUACAAAAUGGCGGAACAAAAGUCACUACUCGACGGCUUGUUAAAGAAUAUCAAAUUUGCAUUUACAUGGACCGGAUUAUCAUUGGAAAGCAGAAAGAGAAAUAGCAUAGACACUAUAAAAUGUAGAUCUUUAUACAUUUUCAAUUUCAUCUGGCUAAAUAGCGAUAUAAUUAGCGCUGUAAGCUGGUUCGCGGAAGGAAUUGAAAACGGCAAAACUAUUACUGAGUUGACCUACUUGUUUCCAUGUACAACAUUGAGUUUUCUCGCCAGCAUGAAAUCAUUGUAUCACAUAAAAAAAGAAGAUUCAAUCAACCAAAUCGUUGAUGAUUUGAGAGAGUUGGAAGCAAAUAAAACGGGUGACAUCAAGAAAAUAGAAGAUAAUAUUAAUAAGGAGAUACAUUUUUUAAAUUUUGUAACUUCGCUCCUGAACACGCUAAAUGCUAUGAUGGUUUUAGUCUUCACUACAAGUCCGUUGGUCCUUAUCGCCGUUAAAUAUAUCAAAACUGGUGAAGUGGAAUUACUAUUGCCAUUUUUAGACGUCUAUCCGUUUGAUCCGUACGAUAUGAGAUAUUAUCCUUUUCUGUACAUCAAGCAAAUAUGGUCAGAAUGUAUAGUCCUCCUCGAAAUUUGCGCAUGCGACUAUUUUUUCUACACUUGCUGCACAUACAUACGUAUACAGUUCUUAUUAUUACAACAAAAGAUGGCGGAAAUAGUUCCUGACAAGAAUAUUUCGUUCGGUAUCAUAAGGAAUGAUGAGGAGAUUCGUUGCAAGUUGAUAGAAUUGAUCCAAUGGCAUCAACAGCUAAUAAGAUCAUCAGAAAUGUUGGAGGUUAUCUACGCGAAGUCCACUUUGAUGAAUUUCCUCACCAGUUCUAUUGUCAUCUGCCUCACCGGUUUUAACGUUACGACUAUUACAGACGUCGCUUUAAUCAUAAUUUUCAUGACGUUCUUGUUCAUGGGUCUUCUACAAGUGUUCUUCUUGUGCUACUACGGAGACCUGCUCAUGAGAUCAAGUAUGGAGCUAAACGAAUCUAUUUACAACAGCCGAUGGUAUCUUAUGGAUUCUGCUUUCGGAAAGGAACUUCUGUUUGUACAGAAAAGAUCACAAAAGCCCUGCAAACUAACUGCUUGGGGUUUCGCUGACGUCAACCUUAGGGCAUUUAUGAGGGUACUAAGCAGCUCUUGGUCUUACUUUGCCCUUCUCAAAACAGUUUACAGCAGCCAGAGGAGUUAGAUUAAUAUUUUAUUGUCAUGCUCUGAUAAUUAUGCACCUAAUAUGUAUUUACAAAUUAAUAAAGUAUCUAGUCUAACGGUCUACAUUGUGAAA